AUGUCGUCUCUGUACAAUCGUCUCGGCUCGGACGCACAAUAUUCAUUAUGUUCUCAUGCCAUUGCAAAUGUAAAUGGCGGUCUUUUUGCGCUUAGGAUUCUUUUACUCAAGAAGACUGCGGCGGAUCCUCGAUCGUUUCAAUAUGCAGAUAAAACGGAACUCCGCCAUAGAAACGUCUCAAAGAUUCAACUCAAACAAUCAGUCACGUUCUCUCUACAGUUGACAAUGCAAGAAUUCCGAUCCGGAGGACCCUCUCUUAAUAACGACGAAUCUAGGACGAAUUUGGGACCACGGAAGGAGAUGAAAAGUCUGCUGUACAUCGAUUUCUCUCGUGAUGUCUCUAGUCUAGUAAAUAUGAUCUGGCAUCCGCACUCCGACCAGAAGACAUCCGCAUGUCGAAUAUAUUCCCCGAGAUUGUCGGACCUGACGCUCAGGACAUUCCCGCCCGGAUGA